GCGGAGUGCAGAGUGUAGUCGUCAGUACCGUCCUAAUUGUCAUGUGAGUUCAUUCUUGCGGCUCAGUUUCUCAAAUAUUUUGGCGAGUCGUUUAGUGCUUUUGAUCCGUCAUUCUUGACGUGUCCUCUUCUGAUCCGCAAAAGGACCGGCCAGGUGAUAAAUCAGUCAUCGAUGUUACCUAGCAUCUUUUCGCUUCCCUACAUUCUGACGUUUUCAUUUAAAUAUUGCUCACCCAAAAUUGCUUCUAGCUUCUCGGAAAUUAUUCCACAAUCGUUGUGCACCCGACAUGGUCUUUACUUUGGCGCUCAAAUGGCAGGCUUCACUCGAGGCCUAAUCUAUCUUCUUGGCGUCUUUGCAUGGCCUAUUGCCAAACUUUUGGAGUUAGUACUCGGUCCCCAUCAUGGAAUUAUGUACCGUAGAGGAGAACUCAAAGAGCUCAUUGCGUUGCAUUCGUCGAUGUCUUCCCUUGGUGGUGAUCUCAAGACUGAUACGGUCACGAUUAUCGGCGCCACACUUGACCUACAAGAGAAAGUGGUGAAGCAGGCGAUGACUCCCAUUGAGAAUGUUUUCAUGUUAUCGAUUGACUCGAAACUCGACUACGCGCUUAUGAAGAAGAUCUGCCUUACUGGACACAGCCGUGUCCCUGUGUAUGAAGAGGUCGAGAUCCCUGCCGAUGCAUCAGAUCGCAUGUUGAAGGUUAAGAAGAUAAUCGGCAUUCUGCUCGUUAAACACUGUCUUCUUCUUGAUCCGAAGGAUGCGGUUCCUUUGCGCAGGAUUCCGCUGAACAAGGUCCCUUUCGUACCAAAUAACGAGUCUCUUCUCGGCAUUCUGGACAGAUUUCAAGAGGGUCAUUCACACAUGGCUAUAGUGUCUCGCUUUAGCGUCGAGAAAGCUGCUUCAGUCAAGAAGGUCGCCAAGCGUUCCCUCACGCAACGCCUGCGGGAACGCGUUGGCAUGGGUGACUCCAGUGACGAGGAUGAGGAUGGUAAAGAGAAGGAUAACAUUAAGAACAAAGAUGAAGGAAAGGCAUCGCAAGAGAUAUCCUGUGCUGAUGAACUGGACGCUGAUGGUCAAUCCACACUACGCGGAGACGACAAAGAUUCAGCCAUUCAUAUACCCCAGCGAGCUGUCCGGACCGGCCGUGGGCGAGGACGACCCUCGCAACGCGGCAGAGUAAGGCGUGACAUAGAAAUGGGUAUUAUUAAAGAGCAGGCGGCCCAAAAUGAUACCAGCAAAGAAAAGAAACUCCGUGUACCUCGCUCGGCGUCUGCGCUGGAGCAAAGCAUCCCUGAUGACGCUGUUCUGACGAAAGAAGUUGAUCCUGCAAUAAUGCCACUCGGCAUUAUUACGCUGGAAGAUGUCCUCGAAGAACUUAUUGGUGAAGAAAUCUAUGACGAAUUCGAUCAGGACGGUGCCGGUGGCACUAUCUCGUCUUACGUCCCAACAGAGCACCCACCUCUUUUAGAGCUCUAUGGGAAAUCCUUACCUGACCUACACUCUACAGCCGCACAGCCUACCGAGGCGGUCAAGCCUGCUCCCACCGGUCCAGUCCUGCGUCCUCUGUCGCUGAAGUCGUUCGGCUUCCUCCGUUCUAGCAGUGAGCCCCCGACACCUCGUGAGACGGACGAAGUUUCUACAGCACAACCUGUCUCGAAGACUUCGGCAUUAUCUCCCAUCAGCGAUGGUAUCAAGGAGCAGGUUGCACCUGAGACGGUUAUUCCGGCCAUCCAGACCCUAGAAGCCUUGGCAACGAUGGAUGAGCCGCAAGACAUGCUUCGGCCCGCAAAGACAACUAAAGGUGCAUCCACUUCAGCUAAGGGUUCUCUUUCGGCAAGUAGCUUCACCUUGAAGAAGAGAUCUACCUCUGUUGCUGGGAUCGCCGCUUCUGUUCCCGAUUCUGUCAGCGCCCCUGGUACACGAUCCUCGUCACCAGCACCUCGUCUCACUAUCGCUAAGGAGUCGGGGAUGAGUACGCCCCCCGUUCCCGUGCCGAGUGAUUUGCGCUCCCCCACCUUGCAACGUGUCCCUACGGUCAGCAUCAAGGCAGGGAAGUUCAAGAGCAGUCCCUUGACGGGUGGAGAGCGUGGCCGAAUUGUUGUCGCCGAACAAGUCAUGCAAGAUACGAUGAACGCUGCUGACAAGGAACGGAUACUGGAUGAGGGUGACGACGUUGCUCAUGACAAGAAGGAGGACGAUAGCGGUUAUUUAUAACAACAGCUACUGGCGUUGCCUCGCCACUAGUAAUUUCUUGUAUCCUUCUGCAGAUUGUAGGCGAAGAACGAUGUGUAAGAUUGUCGUGGUAGUUUUCUCUUAGUUACUUACGUUUGUGCUAGUUCGUGUUUCGUGUAUACCUCCGUUCCUUUUCUCUUUACCCCGAUUCGACGUAGAUAAGUUUUUCCGUCUCGGAAGAAGCAAACUCAUCAAUGAAUAAUCGUCUGUGCCCCUU